AUGUUUUUACGCAGAUUCUUUUCAAAAAAGAUAAAGAUACCUGCAUAUAAUGUCCGUCAAAGGCAAACAUAUCAGCCUCUAGAAAAGGGUUUUAUGGAGCCUAAAGAUUAUUCAAGGAUCUCAACAGAUUUUAUGAACAGAAUUUUCUUUUCAUUAAAAGAGAUGCUGGAAGCCAAUCCGACUGCUAAAUUGCAAUGAAUCGAUAAAGGACUGAAGCUGGAAGACACAAAUUUUCUCCUAGAAGUGACAAAAGACCCUAAAAACCAAGAAAUUCAUUUGAUGGUUGGAGAUAGUGUUACACACAGCUAUUCCUUUGACAAAAAUAACGAAAGAUGAAUAAGCAAUCGAGACGGCCAUUUAAUCGACGAAUUGAUCUCAAGAGAAAUUUCACAAAAAUUCAAAGGGUACUUAAAUCUUUAA